GUCAGAUGCUUCCUGUUGAGUUUUCUCAAGAAAGCUCAACUUUUGCUUCCUCCUCAAGUAGAGAGAACUGAGAAAGAAAAGUUAUAUUUGCCCUUCAGUCUCACGAAGAUGUUGGCUCUCCUGAUUCUGGCUCUUCUCAGAGACGUUGCAGGAAUGACCUUCCUUGAUCAUGAUGGGAAUGCAACACGGAAAUUGAUCUGCAGCAAAUCGAGUCCUAAAGACAGAACAGGCUGGUGGUUUACAGGGAAAUCCUUACAAUCCUUUGGACAACAGAGCUGCAAUUCAACUGUUUGUGGAGAACAGUGUGACCCACCGGCUUCAUGUCACACAGAAGGGGAAGAGCUUGAUUUCAAACCCCGUCAUGGCGGAAUCGUUGCAUGCAAAAACCUAACGGGUACUACAUCAAACCAACUCCCGUUAUUUUCUAAGGAGGAAGAUUGCAAGGAUUUCGACUUCUUCAUGGUAGGGAGAACACAGAACACAAUAAAGACAAAAGUCUACAGUAAGAACAUACCAAAGGAGGAAAAGAAUUUGAGUCUUUCCUGCCAAUUUGAACUGGAGGAAAGCACAGUCACGUUUGCUGUGUAUUGGAUCAAGGAAGCCGGAGGAAGCACGUGCCUUUUUUCCGCUUCUAAUGAAGACUGCCAUAACUCUCGUGUGUAUUCUUAUGAUAUAAACUGUUGUGUGGAUGCUGGUAUCAAAGGGAGAAGGCUCAAAAACUCAACCGCUUUGGAUACAGCAGGACGAACUCAGAGCCAUGAGAUUACGAUUACCAAUGUCAAUUCUUCUGACAGUGGAAAAUAUUUGUGCCUAGUCGGUGUCUUCAGACAUCCUCUAGUGUGGAUGAUCGUAACCAACAUUUCUGUAAACGUGCAAGAAGAAGCUUUUGCAGCAUCUGGUUUCAGAUACGUGAUAGUUGGCCUCUUUCUCCUCGUUGGAAUAAUCUUAAUUCUUUGCUGGAGGAAGAAAUCCAAAGGGAAACCACCUGAAAUACAUCAAAGGGAUCAAACUGAAAUGGAAGGAGAUGAGUGUUCUCCGUAUGCAAUCUCCAAUCGCAACAAUUCAGGCGGAUAUGAAGCGAUCUAUGUGCUUGCAACGCAUCCUGGAGUGAAACCAAAUGCAGCCGAUUCCAAACUGGAUUCUGGAGACAAUCUACAAGCCAUCUACGCCUUGGUGGAUAAAAAGAAACCUUGAACAAUACGUUGAAAUAAGAAUUCCCAGACCUGAACUUGAUUCAGCUUGGACUGGUCACUGGGUGCAUCUACAGUGUAGAAUUGUUGCAGUUUGACAACACUUUAACCCAGUGCUAUGGAAUAAAUAGGUGAGGUGGAUAUUCCACGUUUUCGGUCUCCUUUA